AUCUUAUUAUGGGGCGAAAGUGCAAUUUAUCAUAGUUGAAGUUGUAAAAAAAAACCACGAUUUUAGGGUUUUGUUCUCACAAACUGACUCUUACUCAUAGCGGAGCAGCAGCCGUCGAAGAGCUUAACAUACCGCUGCUCGAUUCCAAACCCUAAAAAUGUCUCUCGUAGCAAACGAAGAUUUCCAGCACAUUCUGCGUGUGCAGAACACCAACGUUGACGGAAAGCAGAAGAUUAUGUUCGCCAUGACCUCGAUCAAGGGUAUUGGCCGGCGUUUCGCCAACAUCGUCUGCAAAAAAGCCGAUGUUGACAUGAAUAAGAGGGCUGGUGAACUCUCUGCUGCUGAAAUUGACAGCUUGAUGGUUAUUGUGGCAAAUCCCCGCCAAUUCAAGAUCCCUGACUGGUUUUUGAACAGGAAGAAGGAUUACAAGGACGGCAAGUUUUCCCAAGUGACAUCCAAUGCUCUGGACAUGAAGCUCAGGGAUGAUCUUGAGCGAUUAAAGAAGAUUAGAAACCACCGUGGUCUCCGUCACUACUGGGGCCUUCGUGUGCGUGGACAGCACACCAAGACCACCGGUCGCAGAGGAAAGACUGUUGGUGUCUCAAAGAAGCGAUGAGUGUUGUCAUUUCAUAUAUCCCUUUGCUAUGGAUACUUUUGUUAUAGGCUUUGCAAGAGACAUGAACCGACUCCUCUUGUCUUUGUUUUGGAUCCGAAUAUUGUGUUUCAAUUUUAAUUUUGAUCAUGGUUUUAAGACAGUAAA